GGUGACUAAAAGGUGUAGAUCAGAGUCAAGUAGUGCUUAUAACUUACAAUAAUUAGUUUCAAUUUCUUCGUGCUUUCUUGUUGUUUUGUUACCAUUUUUCUUCAGAGGCUGAUUGUUGAUUUAUCUAUUGAGGUUAUCGUAAGCUAAUAACGCAACGAUGAAUAACGAAGUUAAAACUCUCCAAGAAGAAAACAGAGAAAGAGACUAUUUUUUUUCUGUUUUGAAAACUUUCAGUAGUUACCGAGAACAAUCUUUAUUGAGAAUUGAAAGUAAAGAAAAUGCCGUUCAGACUUUACCUAAACAUCACAGAAAAUGGUUAACUAAGUAUUUGGAAGAUUUGAAAUCCUUCAAAUCGUGUAUUGAAGUUAACUCCCAACUUAUUCCUAUCAUAUUGAAAGAAGCAAAAACAAUAUUUGGCAACAUAUAUUGUACAGAUGGAAAUAGUCAUUCUGAAACAGAUGUAGGAACAUUGGCAGAAGGAUUAGACAAAGUCCAAUCAGUAUUUAAACAACUUAUGAGGGAUUGGAGCUCAAUGGGUUCAUUUGAGCGUGAACAAUGCUAUCAACCAAUAAUUGAUGAGAUAGAAGAGCAAUUUCCCAAAGAUAAGUUUGAUCGUAAAAUGAUCAAUGUACUGGUUCCUGGAGCUGGAUUAGGAAGACUUGCCUUUGAAAUUUCAGUAAGGGGAUUUGCCUGUGAAGGAAAUGAAUUUAACAUGUUUAUGCUUGUUGUUUCCUACUUUGUAUUGAAUCUAUGUAAAGAGGUGGAUGAAUUUGAGAUUUAUCCUUGGAUUCACCAGUAUUGUAACAAUUUGAAGGCUGAAGAUCAGAUGAUAUCAGUGAGAUUUCCAGAUGUCCGUCCUAUGCCAACACCUGGAGGUAGAUUUUCCAUGACAGCUGGGGACUUUUUAGAAGUCUACACAGAUCACAAUCAAUGGCAUUGUGUGGCAACAUGUUUCUUUAUUGAUUGUGCACCAAACGUGGUGCAAUUUGUUGAAACUAUUUACAAUAUUCUCAAGCCGGGCGGUGUUUGGGUGAAUUUAGGACCUCUCUUGUACCAUUAUUCAGGUCUGAAAAAUGAAAAAAGUAUUGAACCAAGUUUUGAAGUUCUUUGUGAUAUAAUAAGUAGUGUGGGUUUUGAAAUGGAAAAAUGUAAAACUGGUAUUAAGACAAAAUAUUGCCAGAAUCCAAAAUCAAUGUUACUCUAUGAAUACGAGAGUAUUUAUUUUGUUUGUCGGAAAUCCAUAAAAAUAAAUGGAGAAGGUGAUUAUUGACAGAAUAUUUCAUAAUUUUUCUUCACUGCUUUUCUCAUAAUUUUUGAGUUUAUCCACUCAUUAGAAUGAAAGUUGCUUUCAAUGAAAUGUGAUAUUACUUCCUGUAUAAAGUACAAAGAAAUUAUAACAGAAACAAAGUA